AUGUAUGUGAUGUCUACUCGUGGAGAGGGUGCUGAGUACUUGUGUGUGCCGCCCGACCCGGGCAUUAGGUCCAGUGCGUCUGCCGCUCCAGGUACUCGCGUGUCGGCUACCCCAGGUGCUGGUGAGGCUGCUGCUCUAGGUGCUCGUGUGUCUCCCCCCCUUGGUACUGCGUCGACUGCCGCACUGCACACCUUCACACUGGACUUAGGUGCUUCUCGCUGCUUCUUUCGUGACCGCACUGCCCUUGAGCCGCUUGCUCGGCCAGUUGCUGUCUCCCUUGCUGACCCCUCUGGGGGUCCGGUCAUUGCGACCUCUUCCACUGUCCUUCCCUGCCUUGUGGUCCCGUCGGGCACACUGUCAGGUCUCCACCUCCCCUCGUUCUCUACGAACUUGGUGGCAGGAUGUGCACUCCAGGACGGGGGUGUUCACCAGUUCACCCUUGCCUACGAGCGCGUGACACACUGCACGUGUGCUCGUACGGGCCGUCACUUGGCUACUUUCACUCGGCAGCCGGGGUCGGACCUGGUCCUUCCUGCCUUCCCACCCUCGCCUGCUCCUACCUAUCUCCCCUGUGUCGAGGGACGGCAGCGCGCCGCUCCUCACUCCUCCUCGUUCCCCCCGACGACUGCUCCCUUGCAGACACUCCACAUGGACGUGUGGGGCUCAGCCCGCGUCCGUGGUCAGGGUCAGGAGAGGUACUUCCUGAUAGUUGUUGACGACUACUCGCGCUACACCUCGGUCUUCCCCUUGCGCACCAAGGGUGAGGUCCCUGAUGUCUUGAUCCCUUGGAUCCGCACAGCCCGUCUCCAGCUCAGCGAGCGUUUUCACUCAGACUUUCCUGUCCUACGCUUGCACUCUGACAGAGGUGGUGAGUUCUCCUCCGACCUCUUAGCAGCCUACUGUGCUGAGCACGGCAUUGAGCAGUCGUUCACGCUACCGGCUUCUCCACAGCAGAAUGGGGUUGCGGAGCGCCGCAUUGGCCUGGUCAUGGAGGUCGCCUGUACCUCCUUGAUCCAUGCGGCUGCCCCCCACUUUCUGUGGCCGUUUGCGGUCCGGUAUGCUGCGCAUCAGCUCAACCUCUGGCCCUGUGUCUCCUUGCCGGAGACCUCGCCCACGCUGCUGUGGACGGGGGAGGUUGGCGAUGCGUCGCGUUUCCGGGUCUGGGGGUCUCGAGCUUUUGUCCAUGAUUCGUCUGCGGACAAGCUCUCCUCCCGUGCUGUUCCCUGCGUCUUUCUCGGCUUUGUCCUGGACGCGUCUAGUUGGCAGUUUUACCACGCCACCUCGCGCCGAGUCUUGCCCUCCCAGGACGUCACUUUUGACGAGUCCGUCCCCUACUACCGCCUCUUCCCCUACCGCACUGCCCCGCUCCCCCCCCCGCCUCUCUUCCUCGCGCCAGGUGCUGCUGUUGCAGACCCCCUCCCCCCUCAGGGUGCCGCUCCCUCAGGUGUGUCUCAGGUAGACCCGGCUGAGCCUGUUGAGGUAGCUGUCGACUCUCGUCCUCCUGGGGGUGCUGAGCCUGGGGGUGCUGAGCCUGGGGGUGUGGAGCCUGGGGGUGUGGAGCUUGAGGGUGCUGAGCUUGGGGGUGUGGAGCCUCGUGGUGCUGAGCUGCAGAGUCCGGAGUCUGGGGGUUCUGAGUCUGGAGGUACUAGGCCUCGGAGUCCUGCACCUGGAGGAGCCCUCUCCUCGGAGCAGCUGCGUGCGUGGUACUUAGAGUACUGCAGCCUCCGGAGAGGUACCGCUCGAGCCGGACGUACUACUGGGACUGGUGCUAGUGCUUCUUCUCCCGUUCGGGAGCUCCCCUCCCGCGAGCGGAUCUGUGAGUGGUACGAGCGGCGCUGCACUCUUCUGAGUGGCGUGCCUCGUGUUACGGACCCCGCUGCUGUUGGAGCUACUGCUGGUGCUGAGGGCCCGGGCGUUGGAGCCGCUGUUGGUGCUGAGGACCCGGGCGUUGGAGCUGCUGCUGGUGCUAAGGACCCGGGUGUUGGAGCUGCUGCUGGUGCUGAGGACCCGGGCGUUGGGGCCGCUGCUGGUGCUGAGGACCCAUGCGCUGGAGCCGCUGCUGGUGCUGAGGACCCACGCGUUGGAGCUGCUGCUGGUGCUGAGGACCCAGGCGUUGGAGCUGCCGCUGGUGCUGCGGACCCGGGCGUUGGAGCUGCUACUGGUGCUGAGGACCCGGGCGUUGGAGCUGCCGCUGGUGCUGAGGACGUGGGCGCUGGAGCUGCUGCUGGUGCUGCGGACCCUGGUGCGGGUGUCCCUGCUGGCUCUGGUGUCGCUGCUCGGUCUCGGCCGUAUUUUGUUCCGCUCCUUCAGCAGCUACCAUCUGCCUCCUCUCUCCCUGGUCCUGCUCCUUACACUGGUCCGAUUGGAGGUCUUACUGAGUGCCGUGAGCCUGCGUCUUGUCCUGCGUCGCCUGAGUCUCGUCCUGAGUCGCCUGUCCGCACUGCUCUCUCUAGUAGUCGAGUCCAGCGUCAGCGUCUUCCUGCUGUCCCAGGCACUCACCGGAUGGCGCUUCGUCUGUCCACUGCUCCACAGCGUGUCCCACUGCCGUCUCCUCCUGCUUCCUCUCUUCCUGCUCUUGCUUACCCUGGGUCAGACUCUCUUCGUGCUACCAGUCCUACUGUCACGCGUCUCCUUGCUACUGUUGUCACUGACCCUUCCUUUGAGUCUGCUGCUGCGUCUGCCUUAGUUGCUGAGCUUGUCGACUUUGCUGCUCGCUGUCGUCUAGACUACGCUGCUAGCCUAGUUGCUGAGUCUGAGUCUGUCUCUCCUCCGUCCGUCCGGGGUGAGUGUGCUCUUGGCACUGACGUCCUUGAGGACAGGCAGGAGGAGUUUGAGUGCUUUGCUGUCGCUUUGCCCCAUCUCGUAUCCAUGCUUGUUGCCCCUGAGGGAGACCCGGAUGCACCAGACAUCCCGACCCCACGCUCUUACGCAGAGGCGAUGGCCGAUCCCUACUCCUCUCAGUGGCAGUCAGCCAUGGACACAGAGAUGGCUUCCUGGAAGUCCACAGGCACCUACGCCGACGAGGUUCCCCCACCUGGGGCGAACAUCGUCAGUGGCAUGUGGAUUUUCAGGGUGAAGCGGCCGCCGGGCUCUCCGCCUGUCUUCAAGGCGCGUUACGUUGCACGAGGCUUCAGUCAGCGAGAGGGAGCUGACUUCUUCCAGACCUUCUCCCCGACCCGGAAGAUGUCCACUCUUCGGGUUCUGCUGCACGUCGCCGCUCAGCGUGACUACGAGCUCCACUCGCUUGACUUCAGCACUGCAUUCCUGCAGGGCAGCCUGCACGAGGAAAUCUGGCUGCACCGUCCACUUGGCUUCACAGGGUCGUUCCCUCCUGGUACCCAGUGGAGCCUCCGACGGCCAGUCUACGGUCUCCGCCAGGCGCCUCGUGAGUGGCACAACACACUGAGGACUACGCUUGCGGCUCUUGGGUUCGCGCCUUCUACUGCUGACCCGUCGCUGUUUCUACGCACCGACACCUCACUGCCACCGUUCUACGUCCUUGUGUACGUCGACGACUUGGUCUUUGCUACUGCUGACACUGUGGCACUCACCUACAUGAAGUCGGAGCUGUAG